GCGCGUCCCCUCGAAAAAUAUUUCGAUCCCUCGGGUAGGGAUAUUCGGAAACUUACGAUCCCUCGCCGUACCUAUCGAAUGAGUUAUUUUAUCUGCUUGGGAAGGAGAACAUGGCGCUUCACAUACAGAGAACAAUAAAAGCUGAACAAGUUAAUAGCUAUUGUAUAACAAGACAGCGGAAGAAGAAGUAUUGUGCAAGACUGACAUUCUCAUCGGCACAAAUAGUCACUCAACAUGAGAUUUAUGAUCUAUUGAAAAAAUACUAUUACGAUUUCAGAAAUGUUUAGAUAAAUACAACCUUCAACGUAAUAUAAAAUAGGGGUGUGACACUUACCUUAAAUUAGUACUAACUUUUAACUUAUCAAGUUAGUAAGUUAGUUCUAACUACUAACAUAUAGGUGAGUAAAUGAGAAGUUAGAACUAACUUACUAACUUGAUAAGUUAAAAGUUAGUGCUAACUUCUAACUUAACUUCCACUAACGUAAAUGUGACACCCCUAAUAUAAAACAUAAAUCAUUAUUGCGAUACGUACGAAUUAUAAAGUCCAUUUAGUACGAUACAGGUGAGUAUUUUGAGGACGCAGAAACAUGUGAUGCAGUGGCAAGUGCGACAGAACGCAAAAAACAUUCAGCAUGACGAAGUUUUUUUUGUGUGUAUAAAUAUGUAACAAACUUCACUCUAUUCACAAAACAACAACGUCUACACACCACAACCACUCUUGUUACGAGAAGAACACACAUGGGCAAACUCGACGGCAAAGUUGCUCUCAUCACUGGUGCCUCCGAAGGAAUAGGUUUCACCACUGCUGAACAAUUUCUUGCCGAAGGUGCAGAACAUGUCUUCAUCACUGGACGACGCCAAGAAAAACUGGAUGAAGCUGUGAAGAAACUCGGCGGAAAGAACGUCACUGGUGUACAAGGUGACACAGCUAGUUUAACAGAUUUGAAUAAACUCUACGCCGUCAUCAAAAAAGAGACAGGUCGUCUGGAUGUUCUCUUCGCUAAUGCUGGCAUCGCGCAGUCUACACCAUUAGAAUCGGUCACUGAAAAACAAUUUGAUGAUUUGAUCAAUGUGAAUGUGAAAGGAGUGCUCUUCACCGUUCAAAAAGCUCUACCACUACUCGUCGAUGGUGCAUCAAUCAUUCUCAAUGGAUCGGGUGCCUCUAUCAAAGCUGCUCCAGCUAGAAACGUUUACGGUGCAACAAAGGCGGCUAUUCGAUCGUUCGCUCGUUGCUGGACAGUCGACCUAAAGGAGCGGAAAAUUCGUGUCAAUACUCUCAGUCCAGGAGUGAUUGACACUCCAAUGGCAAAGGGUUUUAUGAAGAGCAGCGCAGAAAAUAGUGAACAUAUUGCUAAAGUUUUAGCUGCCACGCCACUGGGGCGCGUUGGCACAUCUGACGAAAUCGCCAAAGCUGUGGUCUUCUUAGCUUCUGACGACAGCAGCUAUGUCACUGGCAUCGAACUUUUUGUUGACGGGGGCGUAGCGCAGAUCUGA